AUGAAGGGUGCGUUUCGGAUCGUUGGCCCAGUGUUUGUUUUGCUGCUUUUUUUACUCGGACCCGAACAAGCCGUGAACAGUCAAGAUAGUUGUCGAACGCCCGACCAUCGAGAUGGUAUUUGUCAACCGUUGAAACAGUGUGCUAGCAUAUACAAUGAAUAUUUAGAAUCCGACCGGGUGUUGACGCAAGAUGAGAUCGAAUUCCUGCAGCAACUCAAGUGCAAAACGAACGCAGUGACAAUCUGCUGCCCGGACGGGGUGACGACUUCGGACAGAAACCUCACCUCCGAACGCGGUAGCUUGCCAGAUCCGAAGGAAUGGGAGUGUGGCCUGGAUACGCUCACCGACGUGAUCCUCGCAGGGAAUGCUACGGCGCUCGAUGAAUUUCCCUGGUACGCGCUGUUACAGUACCGAUCGAAGAAAGGCACACUGGCGUUCAAAUGCGGUGGUUCGCUGAUAAACUCUCGUUAUGUUCUCACGGCGGCUCACUGCCUUGCGAACAAAAAAAUCGACGAUGGUGAAACAUUGGUUUCUGUGCGGCUCGGAGAGCAUAAUACCGCCACCGAGAGAGACUGUUUCGGAUCGGAUUCACUGGAGGAAGAUUGUGCGGAUCCUCCACAAAACUUUGGCAUCGAAGAACAGAUAGUGCACCCUGAGUACGAUAAAAACGGCAAGUACCAGCAUAAUGACAUCGCGUUAAUUCGGCUCGACAAAGACGCCCAAAUCAACAACUAUGUACAGCCGAUAUGUUUACCGACGAGCAACUUCAUCCCAACAACGCCGAACUCGAAGAUCGCGGUUGUCGGAUUCGGGCAUACUAGACGCCACAGACACAGUGUCAUCAAACAGAAGGCAAUGAUGCGUAUAUACCCCCGAGCGGAAUGUGAGAAGAAGUUGACAAAAUCAAAUUUGACUGCGCAGCAACUUUGUGUCGGCGGUCAAUUUGGUCUGGAAUCGUGCAGCGGUGACUCCGGUGGGCCACUUAUGGUGCGUGAACUCUACUGGAUUCAGGAGGGAGUCAUUUCGUACCAGUGUUCACUGGAUGACUGGCCAGGUAUCUAUACUAGGGUCUCAUCUUACAUCGAUUGGAUCAAGGAAACCAUCAGGCGAUAA